AAGAAGGGAAAAAAACCCUCCGAAAAGAAGAAGGAAGCUGCCGGGAUGCGCCUCGCCCGCGCGGCCCCUCUGCUCGUCCGCACGGCGGCGACGGCGGCCACCGCCGACCCAGCGGCGGCGCUGAAGGCUGGCGACGCGCUGCGCGCGCGUCCGCGGCGGUUCACGGAGGACGACGUGGCGGCGUACGCGGCGGUGAGCGGCGACCGCAACCCCGUCCACCUGGACGACGCCUUCGCCCGCGGGACGGGCGGGUUCCAGCGCGGCCGCGUGGUGCACGGCAUGCUCGUCGCCUCCCUCUUCCCCGCCCUCAUCGCAUCCCACUUCCCUGGGGCCGUGUACGCGAGCCAGUCCCUCAAGUUCGCGGCGCCGGUGUACGUCGGAGACGAGGUGGUCGCGCAGGUGCAGGCGCUCCAUAUCAAGGCCGCCGGCGCAAGGCACAUCGUCAAGUUCGCCACCAAGUGCUUCAUGGCCGAUGAAGAGACUCUCGCCAUUGACGGCCAGGCCAUGGCUUUUCUGCCCACACUGCAGCUCAGCACAGAGGCGAUGGAGUGACAUGUUUGUUCAUUAGACGCUACCGAAGCAGAUGCUACACCAAUCAAUUUGAAAUGGGGUGAUUCUUAUCUCAUGAUGAACUAUUUAGCCUUCAUAUAAGCUUCAGGCCUUGGGGACAUGGGAUUGUGAUUUAUACUAGUUGGUAAUAUAUAGUACUACUGCCUUGCAGUCUUCAUGUUAUGUUAUGAUUGACAGCAUGAGCAAUGAUCACUUCAAUUUUCUAAGAUAUGCCCACCUUGAAUGGGUUGGGUGAUCAUUUCGACUGUGAUCGCAAGGAGCUGCUUCAGCAAUCAUUGUGCUUGUGAUCGGAAGGAGCUGCUUCAGCAAGCACCGACGAUCCAGUCCACAUUGACCAGUCGGAAUGCAAGUCAACUCUCAGCCCACGUGAUCCCUACAAUAGGGCGUGGCAAUGAUUAGAAAGUAACUGGAGUACAAAAACCACCACAAUUCGGAUUAGGGUUUCAAAAAACUAUCACAUUAUGUUAUGUUUGAUUGAUGCCUACUACCACUGAGGGCAUCUUCAAUGGUUGUAAGAUAUUUGUUGGUAAACUUUGCCACAUAAUUUUUUUGAUGAUGUGGCAUAUAAUAAAUGAGAAAAGAGAGGAAGGUUGUAUGUA